AUGGAGAAUUCUUUAUCCUUGCCUGAUGGUCACACGUAUACGUAUGUUAUUAAUGGCUGUGCGAAAGGGAUGUUGUUAAGAGAGGGUGAAGAGGUUCAUGGGAAAGUUUUGAAAAAUGGGUUUUGUUCAAACGUGUUUGUUUGUACUAAUUUGGUUGAUUUUUAUAUCAAAAGUGGAGGGGAGGAUGGCCUAAGGAAUGCUAGGUUAGUGUUUGAUGAAAUGCAUGACAGAAAUGUUGUCACGUGGAAUUCUUGGCUUUCGGGUUGUUUUAGGUAUGGAGAUGUCAAUGCAGCACUAGAAGUGUUUGAGGCGAUGCCAGAGAGGAAUGUAGUUUCUUGGACUACAAUGAUUGCUGGAUGUGCGCGUUGCGGAAGGUGUAAGCAAGCUUUGGCGUUGUUUCUUGAGAUGCAGAGAGAUGAAAUGAAGUUCGAUCAGGUGACUUUGUUGGCAGUGCUGUCAGCAUGUGCCGAGUUGGGUGAUCUGAAUCUGGGCAAGUGGAUACAUUUAUAUGUUAUUGAGUCUUUAAGUCAAAGAGAGCAGCCGGUGCUGGUGUCACUGAACAAUGCACUGAUACAUAUGUAUGCUAGCUGUGGUGAAAUUGGGGCAGCAUUUGGCGUGUUUAAAACAAUGGAGCAGAGGACUACUGUUUCUUGGACAAGUAUGAUCACAGGUUUUGCAAAGCAGGGGUAUGGAGAUGAGGCACUUAGUGUCUUCCGGUGGAUGGAAAGUAUAGGAGACAAUGACAUAAGACCUGAUGAAAUAACAUUCUUGGGUCUUUUAUGUGCCUGCAGCCAUGCUGGUUAUGUCAAUGAGGGGCGUCAUUACUUUAAGAGCAUGACUGAAACUUGGGGAAUCGAGCCAAGGAUAGAGCAUUAUGGAUGCAUGAUAGAUCUCUUGAGUCGUGCUGGGUUAUUGGAUGAAGCGGAAGGGCUUGUGAAAUCUAUGCCAAUGAAGCCAAAUGAUGCAGUGUGGGGUGCCCUUCUUGGUGGAUGCAGCAUUUACAAAAAUGUUGAGCUUGCUUCUGAUGUAGCUCAGAUAUUGACCAUGGAAGUUGACCCUGAACGAGCUGUUGGCUACUUUGUGCUGUUAUCCAAUGUGUAUGCCACUGAAAAGAGGUGGCAAGAUGUGAUUACUGUGAGGAGGAAGAUGGUUGAAAUGAAAACAAAGAAGCCUCCAGGUCGAAGUUGGAUUCAGAUAGCUGGAAUCAUUCAUGAAUUUAUGGUCGAUGAAAGGUCUCAAAAGCAUGCAUCAUUCAUCUAUGAGGUGCUCGGUAAUAUCACAACAGAAGCAAAGUUGCAGGGCUGCAUGCCAGAAACUGUUGAUGCUCUCCUGUGCAUUGAAGAUUAG